CCACCUUAUCUCCCCCAUCAAAAAAAACACCCUUUUGCCAUUGAACCAAAGACCUCGAACGAGAUUUUACUGCUUGCAUUUCUCCGCGAAACAGAAGCCACCAACAUCACACUAAAGCGCUGUGUCCUCGAGCUUCAGGCCAUGAAUAUCCUGAAUGAGAGGUAUUGCAAGGUCCUUUGUGGACAGCUUGCAAAUCAGGAAGCGAAAAAGCGAAAAGGGAAGGAGAAAGGAAAGUUGAUGGGCAACAGUUUGUUGUGUUUCCUUUCUGGUGAUGAGUUCUACAAGAAAGUUGUUGAAUUUAAACACGAGCAGAAAAAGUGCAUCACCGAGAAGAAAAUGAGGAAAGAAGAAUGCGAGAAGAGGGCCAAAGGACUGGCAGUGUGGAAACAUCUUGAAGAUGAGCACAAGAUGGAGAACAAGGACUGA